AUGCCAUUUUCUGUUUCAGGCAAAUUAGAAAACGCAUCUGCAAGUGGCCUUCAAAGCAGUCAAAGCCGUCUUCAAGCCACCGUGCCGUCUACAUCAAACGUUGGUGAUGAAACGACAUCGUCUGUUGGAACUGUGAAGACUGUGGUUGGCGGAACUACGUGGAGUUCGGGUGGACUAACAACUGUAAUAGGUGCAUCAACGUCAGAUGGAAUAGCUGCAUCAACCUAUGGACUGGCAACAUCAACCUAUGGACUGGCAACAUCAACCUAUGGACUGGCAACAUCAACCUAUGGACUGGCUACAUCAUCAGAUGGACUGGCAACAUCAUCAGAUGGACUGGCAACAUCAUCAGAUGGACUGGCUACAUCAACAUAUGAACUGGCAACAUCAUCAGAUGGACUGGCAACAUCAACAUAUGAACUGGCAACAUCAUCAGAUGGAAUGAUAACACCAACAGAGUUAAUAACAACAUCAUCAGAAGGAAUGACAACAUCAUCAGAUGGAAUGACAACAACAUUAGGUGGAGUGAUGACAAAAUCAGAUGGAACUACACCAUCAGAUGGAAGGAUGACAUCAGAUGGAGAGACAAGUUCACCAGACGCAACAGAGACUGAUGUGUCCAUAAUGCCAUCAAUGACCGACAGCACGCCAUGGGAAUCAGGUGGAGCGACGUCAGUGUUGACAACGAUACAUCCCAGUGGAUCAACGACAGGCUCCUAUUUCAACGCGACCAACUCCAUGAAGUGUGUUUGCUUUUCAUCUGCCACGCCUUCAACCGAUGAAAUGUCACAACUUAUAAAGGACUUAAUUUUGGAAAAAGCCAGCCUCUCCUCCACCAGACGCAAGAAGACAUCGGCAAAAGAUGAGCGCCCAGCGGCCCAAACCAUCGGGAAGAUGGGAAUUUUCUUUACCGUACUUCCGUUUGUCGGAGUGGUCCUUAUUGACUGUAUGAGACUCGUGACGUUCCUUCAGAGUCGGAAGAGACUUUUACCAUAGUUACAAGCUUAAACGUGCAACCGGAAUAAUGAGUGAGUGAGUAUGGUUUUACGCCGCUUCUACGCCGACGGGGAACACCAGAAACGGGCUUCACACAUUGUACCGAUGUGGGGAAUCGAACCCGAGACUUCGGCGUGACGAGCGAACGAUUUCACUACUAGGCUACACCACCGCUCCAACCGGAAUAAUGUCAUGGCUAAUUUGUAUAGCGACCUAAUUAAUACUUUUUACUAAACACUGCAACAACUGUUAGUGACAAAUGAAGAGAAGACAGGACAUUGUUUCCCACUGUAUGUGGUCUUGACGAAAAGAAAAAAUACU